UUUUUUUUUCUUGCCCCUCUUUUUCAACGUUACUCAAACAAACACCCAACGGAGCUUUACCGAUCCACCAUGGCGGCUAACCAGUACUACGGCGGCGGACCUCCCCAGAACCAGGGCCAGUACUACCCUCCCCAGCAGCCCCAGGGCUACGCCCCCCAGGGCGCCUACCCCCAGGGUGGCUAUGGCGGCCCUCCUCAGGGCUACGGUGGACAGCCCCAGAUGCAGUACGGAGGUCAGAACAUGACUCCGCUGCAGCAGAAGCAGGCCAGCGCCAAGGACAAGCACGGAUGCUGCGGUCCCUGCGUCGCCUGCUGCCUCGGAGCGUGUGCCUGCUGUUGUUUGGAAGAUAUUUGCUGUGCAGAGCUCCUCGGAGAGUGCUUCUAAGCAAAUGUACGGUCCCAGAGUCGAGAGAACGACAUGCUAGACGACGACGAGGUACCCUUUUUCCAAUGGCGACGAGAAACUAUGCCCUAUAUUUUAUUUUCUUAGGUCUUCGCG